AUGAGAAGAUGGCGAAGAAGAUAAAGCAACAGGAGGAGCAGGAACAGAAGGGCAACAAGGCGAAGAUGAAAAGGAAGCGAAAGCUAUCCUAGGUAAAAACGUCCCCACACCAUAGUCAAGAAGGCAGGUUUGCAACAAAAAUCCCCAAGUUUUGGGAGUUCUGCAAGAGGACAAGUUGCCAUUUGCAGCGUAGUGCUGGCUAGCAAGGAAAGACGCAUGCAAAAGCCAUUUACUCAUUCUGUUUAUUGCAUUACAAAUGCCAAAACACUACUGGAAAUGCCUCUCAUGGAGAUACGCACUACAGAUGCUCCUGCGAUUGCGCAUUUGCAUGACAGCUCUGGGGUGGGGACGUUUUUACACAGGAUAAAAACCGCAGCGGGAAGAAUUCGAUGAGGAGCUGUGUCUGGACGAUUUUAUGGGCAACGGCCGGGAGACCCUGAUCGAUUUUCUGAACCGGCAGCCCAAGAGAAAUUUUCUUGAUGACGAUCUGGACGACCUGUUCGCGGAUGCGGACGGAACCGCAUCGGGCUCCGCUUCCAAGAAAAGCAAGCCCUUAGGAAAGGCACAGGGCGAACAGGAGACCACGAAUAUGAUAGACGAGGACGAGGAACAGGAAGACGAUCCUGAGAUGCUGAAACUGCUGAAAGAGAUGGAGGGGGAUUAUGCAUUGCAAAAGAAGUACCGUACUAGUAUACAUUGCAUUACAAAUUUCCCUAGCAUGAGAAAUGGAAUUUGUCAUGCGGAUCUGCCUCAAGAAAAAGAUUUGUAACGCAGGACUUGCAUUUAUACGAGUAAGAUACUUUUGCACAGCAUAGGGAUCUUCCGGACGACAUCUUCGACGAGAAGGAAGGCGACGCGGAGAUUGCGGAGGGGUUCGCAUUCCUGGCGGCAAGAAACGUGUCAAAUGCAAAUAUCCCUGGAUGUCUGGAAAGAUGCAAGGUUUGUCAUGCACAUUUUGCAUGACUCCUGAUGCCUGUGAUGCAUGCCCUAGCAUCUCAGAUUGUAUGAGGGCUUCCUGAUGCAUAUACCGCAUCAGAAAUGCCCUCUCGCCGUGGCAAGAACUGGACCUCUCUUGCCGUUCAUGCAAAACAGACUUUUUGUAGAAUCGAAAUCCAGCAUCAUAAGUUGCAUCUUUUCAGACGCAGACAUAUUUGCAUUUUAUAAAACGAGGAGGAGGAGGAGCUUAAUGCCGACCACGAAUAUCCUGAGUAAAAACGUACCCACACCAUAGUCAAGAUGGGGAAUCGGCUAGACAAAUCCACAAGUUUUGGCUGUUUUGCAUGACAAAUUUGGAUUCGUAGUGUAGUACUGUUUGAGGUAGCUCAGCAGCAUCACAGACCUAGCAUACCAUGCUGAUUGGAGCAUGACAAAUUGCAAAACACGACGAGAAAAUGCAUCUCAUGGGGCUCCGCAUGAGAAACAUUUUCAGCAUGCAGAUUUGCAUUACAACUCUGGUGUGGGUACGUUUUUACUCAGGAUAACGAACAAGACCUGUUCGACGAGGACGAUGGUGCUGUCGGAAAUAAGACUAAGGACAAAAUAAAGAACAGCACGAGCCUUGAGGACGAGCUGAACCAGAAUGAGGAGCUGAAACGCAUGGCAGAAAAUCUGACCAUAUGGGUUGUAAAAAUGUCUGGGUCGGGAAACCUGUGAUGCUGGGUGGCGUAUCAUGAAGAGGCCACAAGUGCUGGCUCAGCAUGACAAGCUUUUGAGCUUCUAGGUCUUGCCUAUUCUGCAUGACAAACAACUGCGUCUCUGUAUGACAGCAAAAUGGGGCUCUUGGGUAACGUGCAUGACAGAUUUAAGAGUCAUGCCAGUCAAGCAUGACAAACAUGCACUCUUCCAGACUCAGACAGAUUUGCAUUUGAUAGACCAAUACGCUGAACAAGGAGAAGGAGCGGGAAAAAUUCUUCACCAAGGGCACGUUAUCUUGCGGAUAAGUCCCCCCUUUCCAUAUCGGACAGGAGAUAUGUGAUGCUGGAGUUGCGUACACAAAUCGGUUUGUGUUGCUACAAUGGCAAGUAAGUAGAGACGCAGGAGGUGGUUGUUUGCAGGCAAAUAUUGUCAUGCUGGUUCCCACUUCCAGUUGCCUCCUGUCAUGCUCAAGAUGCAAGGCCGUCCUACGCCAGCCAGCAAUACAGUCCGCAUCUUUUCUCUUCUAGCAUGACUACAACGUGCUACCUUGUGGCCACAAAUCAGCAUCACAGAUUUCCGGUUUGAGUGUAGGGUGGGGGCUUUUUUUACUGUGAUGCACGUUCUCCGAACUUCACAGCAGGCAGCAGGAGUUGGAAAGGCUGCACAAAAUCGUUCUGGAAAACAAACUAUCAAAUGUAAAAAUGUCUGGGUCUGGAAGAAUGCAACUUGUCAUGCUAAAAAAUCUGAAGCAUGCAAAAAUCUGUGUUGCAUGAAUACCAAAAGUCGUGCAGUUUUGACCAAGUCGCGAGGGAGUUUCUCAUGCAGGAUAGGCAUUAGAAAGGUCUCGCAGAAUCUGUCAUGCUAGGUCCUGCAUUCCAGACCUCAUGGGUCAUGGAAAAGCGGCAUGACAAAUCGCGCAUUCUUCCAGACCCAGACACUUUUACAUUUGAUACAAACGGCAGAUCAGCCAGUUCGCAGCGGCAGGCUCGCAGUUCGGAGCAGCAGGAGUCGCGCCGGCUGCUAGUGGUGUUUUCACCGGGACGGGCGCAGGAGCGGCGUCUAGCAGUAGCGCGCCGGCGCCUAUCACGUGCAGAUAUGCCUGGGUCUGGAAAAGUGCAACUACGCUUGUGAUGCACAUUUUGCAUUACCACCCAUGAUGUUUCUCUAAUGGAUGCCGUAGCAUCGGAGAUUCUAUACAGGUGGGUUUCUUGAUGCUUAUCUCAUGCAUGAGAAAUGCCCUCUCGUCGUCCAGGUAGCACAAAGAACUAGACCCCCUCUUUUACUGGUCAUGCAAUACAGAUUUUUUUCAAGAACAGUAAAUCGGAAGUCAGCAUCACAAGUUGCAACCUUCCAGACAACAUCCAGGGAUAGUUGCAUUUGAUAGCGCCCGGGUUGUUCGUCGGCAACAUCACGGGCAACAGCGCCUCGUCUUCAAGCAGUAGUUCUUCGUCCAACUUCAAAUCGGCGUUUGGAGCAACGUUUUCCUCCAGCUUUGGCAAUGCAGCUAGUACCAAUUUCGGUUUCAAUUUUGGCACUUUCAACACCGCGAAGCACAAAAACCUCAACGUGGCCUCGCUGCGGAAUCAGCGCAGCUCCUCCUACCGCUACAGCAACCUCCCCCUGUCAGACAACAUUACGAACAUCGACAUUUUCCUCGCCGACGCCGAGAAGUUUGCUAGCGAGGUGCGGAGGGCCGACUUUUUGGAGGCCAAUCACGGGCAACACCUGGCGGUGAAAACGGCGCCCCGGGUGGUCAACUAUCGCAAGAAAAAAGUGUUAUAGUUACACAUUGUGUUGCAAGACCGGCAACAGAGACAACCUUUCUCAUGCAGGAAAUGCUUGGGAGCCUCGUUUCCUUCCUGUUUUCCCUUAUGAUCUUCGCAUUACAAGUUUUCUCUGCCACACAGCGAAGAUUUGUGAUGCAGAAACUCCAACAAAUGUGUAACUGUAACACUUUUUUCUCGCGAUAUCAACAGCAAGCUGAUCAGCGGGGGGAUUGCGUCGAACCCGUUGCUGCAUAACCGCUUGGAAUCGCAACUGCGGAAGGAAAUGAAGGAGUCGCAGGCUAUUUUGGACUCGCAGCGCGCCGAAUCGCAACUGCACGGGGCGGCCGCGGGGUUUCUUAAAAAUGGGACUUUGUUCGGCAGUCUGGGUCUGGGAGGGGAAAGUAGUAAAACUCCGGGAACUUCUACUGCAUCAAACCUGUUCCCUGCAACAUCCAGAGGAGCCGCCGCAGCGCCAGCGCCGGCGCUGGAGAAGGUAGUGGAGGAAAUGGAAGAGGAGGAGGACGAGGCAAUGGGCCCGCCCGUGGAAGAGGAUGACGGUAUGGACAUCGAGCAAGACCUGGAGGACGCGCUGUUUGAAGAUAUUCAAGCCGACGCAGCAGCGGCGGCAGUGCCGCCAGCUGCACCUCCGCCGGCAGUGGACGGCGCUGCAUCCGUAUCACAAGAAAAAAGUGUUACAGUUACACAUUUGUAGUCAAAAAUUCAGCAACACAUAUUUCUCUGCAUGAGAGAGAAAACUUGUAGUGCAGAAAUCCCACGGGAAAACACCUAUGAAACGAGGCUCCUAUGCAUAUCCGGCGUGACAGAGCUUGUCUGUCUUGCCUGGCCUGCGACACAAUGUGUAACUGUAGCGCUUUUUUCUUGCGAUAAUCCGCGGUCCCAACUCCCACCCGGGCGUCUGCCGGAGGGGGCCGGGACCUGUCGACAGCGUCGCAGAAGGGGCUGUUCCCAGAAGUACAGGCGCCGGCGAGUCAGCUUUCCGAACAAAUGAAAGCGGCAUCGGAGAAAAAAAUGGAGAAGGGGAAAAUAGAGGAAGAAGAGGUAAUAUGAUGUGCUCAGUUGUAGUUCUUACAAUCUUCGCAAACGUUCAGCAUGGGAGAGAGACAAACAUAGCCUUGCGCUUUCUGCAAUACAAAUUUUGCUGGAGGUGGCCAUCAGUGCAGUUUGGGACAACUCCAGAACUUGUCAUGCGUAUACUUAAAAUAAACUCCUGUAAGGGUCGUGACUAAGCCAGAUCGACGCGCACGACCGCUUGCCUUACGAAUCUCCGUUUCUUUCGUAACAGUUGAGAUUGUAACAGUUGAGAUUGUGUCUGCAUAAGGGGAGGAAAGCAAUGGCGUAGCAGGCGCGGGGGUGAUGACAGCGGAUAUGAUGGCCGAUUUAGACGUAUCCUGAGUAAAAACGUACCCACACCAGAGUCAGGGUGAGGAUUUUGCAACACAAACCUAAGAGCUUUGUGAGUCACGCAUGACAAGUUGCACUAUGCAGUGUAGUGCAGGUUAGCAAGUGCAGCCGCGUCACAGAUUCAUCUGCUCAUCCUGUUCACAGCAUCACAAUUUCCAAAACACGAUUGGAAAUGGCUCUCAUGGGGAUGCGCAUUACAAGUCUUCCUGUCUUUGCAAAUCUGCACUACAACUCUGGCGUGGGUACGUUUUUACUCAGGAUAAGACGCGGCGCUGGAGGAUUUGAUGCCAAAAUGAUAUCAACUGUAAAAAUGUCUGGGUCUGGAAGAUUGGAACUUGUGAUGCUAACAUUGGACUCUAGCAAAAUCUGUAUUGCAUGACCAGCAAGAGGAGUCUCGUUUGUGCUACGCGGGCAGGGCGUUUGUCAUGCGGAGUAGGCAUCAGGAAGCCCUCUCAAAAUGUGUGAUGCGCGGUCGUGCAUUACAGACCUCCUGGGUCAUGCAGAACAUGCAUGACAAAUCUCAGAAUCUUCCAGACCCAGACAUUUUUACAUUUGAUAAAUGAAUUAUCGGGAAUAAAGUUGGUCACAAAGCGCCAGUACGACGAGCAAGCAGCUUUACUAUACCUAAUUUUUCCACCGCUUGGUAGUUUUGAAUAAAUUUAAGUACACUUUAGUUAGUACUAGCACUGGGUGACCGGCGCGCAUGGAGGUCAGGAACUACAAAAAGAAUGAGAAUCAUCGUCACACUCCAUCACUUAAGAGGACACCUUCAAGAAUAAUAAAAUUGUGCAAAAUAAGCGUUCAUGUCGAAAAGUGUUGGCUGAGAGUAAACGAAUUAUAGACGUCCAGACGUCGCGUUGUGGUGAUGUAAUUAGUUGGAAUUUUUUGGAACAACAGGAAACAAAUAUCGUAAAGCAAAUAACAGCUCUUUUUUUGCAAGAAGUCGGAAAGGGACAAUCAAAGAAGAUUAGUACGCAAUUCUGGUGGAACAAGAAGAC